GUAUAAAAAAAAAAAAAAGGAAAAGAAAAGAAAAAAAAAGCAGGGAGGUACAGUGAAAGCAGAGUGGGCGGGCCCAGCUCCAUUUUCUCUGUGUAUCCAGAGAAGUUUGAACCAAAUCACAGGAGUCAGGUUCACCUGGUGCGAACGCGGCGGUGCACCUGUCGUGACAAGUCCAGCUCACCUGCCCGGCUUGCUCGCCUUUACCUGCUCGGAUUUACCCGCGGAUCUAAGAAAAAAAAAAAUGUGUCCAUGAUUUGUGCCUGAGCCGAAACAGUCGUAUCUACACAUCCCCACUCAUCAACAACCAUGAAGAGAGGAGCGUUCAACUUUCUGGGUCGGAAGAACCAGUCCCUGUUCGACACCAACAUCAAAAUGACGGACAUGGACAAUGCGGAGCUGGUGCUGGGGUCAGCAGCGAUCCCUGAGUCAGGAACUGCCAGUGUGCGGGCCAGGCCCACUGUCAAGCAUCACACAUCCUCAAGUUUAGACAGUUUUCAAGGAUAUGCCGUCCCAACACCCAAAGUCCCCAUCCUCCCCCCGGUCAAUAGUCCAAAGAUCAAUGGUUCAGUCAGCGUGUCCAGUGGAUCUGUUAUAUCUAUACCUGGCCUCAUGGAAGAGGAGGGGGAAAUAUUAGUCCCUCCCCCUCCCUCUACGGCACCUCCACCCCCACCCUCUUUUAUCCCUCCUCCAGACUUCAUGGGUGACCUGAACAGCCUAGACCUGGCAAACCUCCAGCCUCCUUCCAUGCCUGCUCCAAAACUGGCACCGUCCAUGGCCGAGGAAGACUUGACCAUCUUAAAACCGCCACCAAUGGCGCCGCCAAAGCCUCCAUCCACUUGCUCUAGUGGCUCAGCAUCAUCCAUACCCAUUUCUAGUCCACCAGUUCCUGAUUAUCCUAAAUUUGCUCCACCCCAGCCCCCUUCUGAAAAGCAACAGAAAACUUCGAAGACACCACCUCCAAAACCGAUUAGACUGUCCUCUAUCUCUGCUCUUGACUCCCCACCACAGACUCCUGCUCCACCUCCCCCUGUGCAGACACCCACACAAUCCACCUUCAAUCCCCAAAACCCUGCAAAGCUUUAUAGUAGUCCGAAGACCUCGUUUCUAGGCGGGCAUGAGGAUCAGGACGCAAGACCCAAGCAGAUGUUACUUCUGGAAGAUUCUGGGUCUUCCCAAUCUGCCCCCGUGGUGGUCCAAGUGGAUGGGAAAGCCCCGGAAGUGGCUACAACAUCUACAUCAGUUUCCAAAGAUAUACAGGAACCAAAGGAGAACCUUCCAAUUACCCAACCCUCUCCUUCACCCUUGACUGGGCCAAAAAAGGAGGCUGAAGCAAAGACAGUUUCAGCACCACCAGAGGAAGACAAACCUCUCCCAACCAUACAUAAGACAUCGCCACAGCUUAAAAAAGUGAACAGUCCUUCGGAGCCCAAUAAGGACAAAUUUGAAGUAACUCCAAGUGGAGGUCACAAAUUCAGUCCAUUAUUAGAUCGUAAACUACGCAAUCUCAAGGGAACGGAAACCAAUGGGCCACGAGAAGGACCUGUAGCUUCCCCACUUGCUCUUUUAAUGGCGGCUAAAGAAAGAGACAAACAAAGAACGACUCUAUCUCUGUCGCGGGAAAACAGCAGCAAAAGCACAGAGCGCCCUAGUGCCAGCAUUCAACCAAGUGACUCAAGUCCCAAUUCCUUUAUUGUCACUCCAAGGUCCAGCUCAUCCUCUUCUGUAACAUCUCAAGAAAUGAUACAGGACAGUUCAGAACCAGCCAGUCUUGUGAAACAUACACAAACACUUCAGACUCCACAAAAGUCCAGUAGUCCUGCACUGGUGAGGGAUCAGAUGCAGUUAAUCAGUCCAGCUCUCAAUAGCAUGGUUGCAUCCCCAAGAGUGCCCAACCUGGUUGCACAUAAACAAAAUGCAGAACAAGGUCUGUCAACGCUUCAAUCUACAAAGGAUGUGAAUAAAAAAGAGGAGUCAAGUAUGCUGUUACUCCCUCCGCCUCCUGAGUUUGAUGAUUUAGAUCCAAUUAUGGAGCCCCCUCCUUCGAUCCGUCCACCUGACCCUCCAAUGAAGAGGGCCCCAACACCAACCAUGAUCCCUCCUCCUCCAACUCAUGUUCCAUCUCCUCCUCCCAUGAAGCCUCCCCCAGUGCCAACUCUGAUCCCACCUCCUCCUGCUUAUGUUCCAUCUCCUCCUCCCAUGAAGAGGUCCCCAACACCAACUAUGAUCCCUCCUCCUCCGACUCAUGUUCCAACUCCUCCUCCAACGAAGAGGGCCCCAACACCAACUAUGAUCCCUCCUCCUCCAGCUCAUGUUCCAUCUCCUCUUCCCAUGAAAAAAGCCCCAACACCAACUGUGAUCCCUCCUCCUCCUCCCCCCCCAGAUGCUAAACCCCAAGGACCCCCAGCACCUCCUAAACUCCCAGCACCGGCCAUUGAUGUCAAACCAAAGCCCCAAGACCAGACAAAACCUAAGGUGGCUCCUCUUCAGCUCCCAACUAACCUUUCACCCAGUCAAGCCACACUCCUGAGUAUCUUACAGAAGAAGAUGUUGGAAAUGGACCACAAAAUGGCCCCAAUGAAGGACGCAGAAUCCAGUUCAGAUGACUGGGGCGCCCCCUUGUCUGAUGAGGACAGUAAAGUCCCUGUUGUCACCAGGGCCACACCACAGAGUAAGAACAUCCCUCCGGUCAACCAAGCAGCAACCUUGAACUUGCGGGAGCUGGAGGGUAAAGUGAGCAAAAGGUAUCAGGAUACAUCCUCAGUCAAAGUUUCCACCAGCAAUGGACCAUCAAAACAUCAGUAUGGUAAGACCUUUACAGUUCGGCCUGGAACCAAACAGCCCAUCACUCUUGUUCGUCAAGGGGAGUCUUAACAAGAUGUGUUAAAGAGACGGGUAUUCUUCUGUUUAGCACAGCUUGCAUGUGAUUGAAUGAUGUGAUUUUGCACCAGAAGGAAUUUGUACAAUGGAAAAAAAAGCACUUUGAACAAAUGAGCUACACAAAUGUGGUUUUUAAAUGUUACCGAUUUCUCAUAACAAGAGUCUGUUAAGUAUUGGAAGUCAGGAGUCUGAAUGCAUUGCUCAAUUUGUGGAGAACACACCAAUACAGUUAAAUAGUGUUUUCUUUUUUAUAUAUUUUACUUUUGAUGUGUCAGUCAAGUGGAACAUUUUUCAAAAAGGUUUUUAUUUGGCUGCUGCUGUGUAUUCAAUGUAACGAUUUAUGUUGCAAUAUGUCGCCUUUUUAAACCAGAGCUUUUAAUCAGUUUCAAUGCCACAUGGGUAAUAUUGAAUAAAUAGUAAAUCUAUGCUGAGUGAAAAUUAAUCUACAAUAUUAACAGAUUUAUCUGAAAUGUAUCUGUAAAAUACAAUAAUAAUGUACGAUGUAAUUAUUGUGGCUCAUGGUAUAUUUACAUGUCCCAUAACUUAACUGUUCUUUCACUGUUACAUGAACGCAAUGUUGGACCCAUUGGAACAAAGCUAACAGAUAAUUCAGACAAGUCAGAGGAUUGUUUCUCAUAUUUAUUGAUUUAGAAAAUGUUUUCUCAUCUGUGUAAUAUUCUACUGCAGUAAUAUAUUGUCAACGUACCUAGGCUCAUGUUUUUAUGCUGUACAUAUCAGUUUGCAUAAGAUUAAAAUAGAACCUAGAUAUUAUAAUAAAAUAUACAUUAAUAGUUAUAUGUUAAGUUUGUUUUAUCAACAUAUUUAAAAUGUCAGUUAUGGUCUUUAAGCGGAGCUGUUUAUCUUCACGAAAUGCUGUCCAACAACUCUCUAACUGGAAUAUAAAUCCAAGCAGUAAAUGCGUGUUUGAAUAAAUGUGUUUGAGCUUCUGUGUGAA